CCCCACAUGAUGUCGUUCGUCCAUGUGUUCGUGGUGACCGCAGUUCUACAGUGGUCUGUAGUGACCGGAGAAGGCCGUACUGACCAGUUGACCCUGUCACUGUGCAGGGUUUGGGGGGAGUGUCUUGAGACAGCCAUUGGCAACAACUUGGAACACGCUGAGCUCGGAACUCCCCAGGCGAUCUGUGGCGACUUUCUGGACAUGCUAGAGAAGCAUGGCGUGGAUUGUGGAACCCUGAAUGACCUUGAAGAAGAGACAGCUGAUGUUGGAGGAACCCUGUCCUCACUAGAGCCUCAUCCCAGUGAUGAGGAGCAGCAACAAGCCACUGGCAACGACUUGGAACACGCUGAGCUCGGAACUCCCCAGGCGAUCUGUGGUGACUUUCUGGACAUGUUACAGAAGCAUGGCGUGGAUUGUGGAACCCUGCAGGACCCUGAAGAACAGACAGCUGAUGUUGGAGGAACCCUGUCCUCACAAGAGCCUCAUCACCCUCAUCCUGGUGAUGAGGAGCAGCAACAAAAGUCUCCAACGACAACUAAUGACGAAGAGAACAGGAAACGGGGAGACCACAGGCAACGCCUUCCACACAACCAUCCGGCCAACACUGACGACCUCUGGCGAGAGAACCAUUUUGAUGACUGUUCUGAGAUUCACACUGCUCAGGCGAUGUUUGGUUCUGUAGCUAGCGGGGUGUUUUCUAUCAAACCGGCCCAUGUUAACGACCCAGUCUCUGUAUACUGUGACCAAACCACAGAUGGGGGAGGGUGGACGGUCAUACAGAGGAGGUUUGACGGGUCAAUCGAGUUUUUCCGCCGUAUUUGGGCUUACCAAGACGGGUUUGGGGACUCUAGUGGAGAGUAUUGGCUGGGGUUAGACAACAUGUACCGUCUAACGCACCAGAACGUGUACGAGUUAUAUAUUGAGCUAGAGGACUGGGCAGGGAAUGUGAAGCACGCCAGAUACUCCACCUUCUCAAUCGGUCCGGGAGGUGAUUACAUCCUGAGUGUCGGGGGGUAUAGUGGGACGGCCGGGGAUGGGUUCCAACUGUCGGACUCUUCAUCUGGCAACAAUGGUGCAAAGUUCAGCACCCGUGGGCACGACAAAGACAACCACUCCUCACAUUCAAUGGCAGAAGUGUACGGUGGUGGCUGGUGGUACAGUGAUGGUGGUGGCUACAGUAGCCUGACCGGUCCGUACUUCCGAGAUACCGACGGGUUCAACGUCAACGAUGGUGCGGGUGUCCUUUGGUAUCCGUUCCACUAUGAAUGGUACUAUUCUCUGAAAAAGACCAAAAUGAUGGUCCGUCCCACCGACUUCAGCACCAGGGUGGCAAAAAGGCUGGGAAAGGAGUAG